AUGGGUGCUGAUAAGUUAGAAAGCCAGAUUAGUGAUUCUCUGAGAUGGACCAUUAUGGAUUUAGUACGAUCUGCGAACGGUGGAGCAUUUGUAAAGCAAACUGAAAGAAAAGAAAAAAGCAAUCGAAAGAAAGCAAGAAGGUGUAGAGAAGAAAGUGGUGGACGACGAAGUAAAUGCUCUGGUAAUUGA